AUGGUAAACACAAAUCUAGGAACCGCCACCAGCCAGACGGAAAUUACCAAAGCCACCAGAAUCACCAAAACGAGCAAAAUUACCAAAAUCGUCAAGAUUAUGACGGGGGCUACCAGAAACCUGGAGGACAAGGCCACAGGGGGAAGGGGCCUCAGCGGAAUGGCCAACAACAGGGAAGAGGAGGCAAGGAAGUACGCUGGGCGGACCAGGAUGGACAAGGCGACCCUGAACAAAGCAAACAACAGGACCGAGAUGUGGCAAGACCAAAGUGGAGGUGAAGCCGACCUUGAUACGUCAGACUCGGACGACGUUUUGGUGGACGCGCCCCCACUGCAACAAGAGCCAACAACGCAACCCUACUUUUCAGAAGAGAAUGAUCGCCCACGGCGACGGCAGUCAGCCGGGUUUGGCCCAAGAGACCAAACAGUGCAGGCAUGGGAGCAGCAGCAGCAGCAGAGCCAACAAUCUCACCCGAUGUAUAACGAAUGGGUUCAAGGUCAUGGCCAUAUCCUUAAGGAGGGUGUCGACAGCUGGGAGCAGAUCCAGAGGUACCGAGUCGAGGAACAGCGCGAGUCACUUUAUCACCUUUACUGCGAGACAGAGAAGGCCAGGAGACUUGCGCGGCAGCAGGAGCCGAAGCAGAGGCGCCCAUGGCACGAUGAGAACUUACCGCCUCAAUACCAGGGAAACUCAGUUCUCCAAUCUCGGGAAAGUUCACCUCCCUCGUAUCGAGAAAACUCACUGCCCCCGUACCGGGAAACUUCGCUCCCCCCUUACCAAGAAUGCACACCAUCGCCCCCGACCCGCCCAGCGGAACCCUUUCCCCAACCCACCACGCAACCACCGCCUCCCCAACAACGCCCGACCCAACCCCCCCUCCCACCGCCCCAUCUCCAACCCCAAUUCCCCCCCUUAACAACCCACCCCCAAAAGAUCCUCCAACUCCUCCUCUACACCACCGCGCUCCAACAAGCCCUACAAACCACCUUCACCCUGCUCACCACGCACGAAACCCACACCGCCCACGCCCAACAACGCACGCCCGACCUGACUUCCCUCUGCGGCUUCUUCGACGCCAUCGGCCGCACGGUCACGCGCACGGCGGAGCGGCUGGACGGGUUCUGGCGCACGGCGCAGCGGGCCGACGCCAACGGCGGCGAGUUCCGGCUGGCGGGCCGCGCGGCGCAGGUCGAGUUCUGCGCGGCGUGGGAGGGCGUGCUGUGGGGGUACGUGGAGGUGCGGCGGCUGGAGGAGGUCGUGUUUGGGGAGGGGCAGGGGUCGUUUUGGAGGCCGGCGGCGGCGGAGGGGCUUGGGGAGGGGUGGGGGGGGUAUGUGAGGGCGUUGGAGAGGUUUGGGGAGGUGGUGGGGGGGUUUGGGGGGAGGUUGGUGUGA